CUACCAUAUUCGUACAUCAGUUAGAAGCUUUACUUUCUGUUUUACUUCACUAUCUAUUCGAAGCGAAUCGAACAGCGUUAAGGCGCUGCUUAGCGCAGCGCCUUUUGGCCCCGAGCCAACAUGCUCUACAGUCAUGUUACGCUGUUAAUGCUACGGGUUGUGGAUGUGGUAGCGAAAACCACCGUUCAACAAUCGGCUCGUAUGCUUGUAGCGGAAAUUCCGGGAGAAAUACAGAUUGGCGCGCUUUUUCCGCUACAUCGUCAAAUAGCCGGUUCGGAAUCUUGCGGACAAAUAUGGGAACAAUACGGUAUACAACGUACCGAAAUUGCUCUACGUACAGUACGCGAACUGCAAGAUCAACUACCGUUUCGUCUCGGAAUAUCAAUAAGAGAUUCCUGUUGGACCGAACGAAUAGCGAUGGAACAAACAAUUGCAUUUCUUCGCGAAGGUGUCGCUCAAUGCAGUUGUUGUCAGACGCCCGGUUGCAACAAGAAAAGUGUGCCAGUAGUCGCCAUUGUCGGACCAGGCAAAAGUUCGGCUACCAUUGCUGUGCAGAAUUUGUUGCAGGUAUUCCGCAUUCCUCAAGUAGGAUACUCGGCUACUACACCGGAUCUAUCAGACAAAGAACAAUUUGGCUACUUCAUGCGUGUCGUACCAUCGGAUGUUUGGCAAGCGCAAGCAAUCAAUCGACUUUUACAUCACUACAACUGGACUUACAUCGCAGUGCUAUAUUCAGCUGGCAACUAUGGUGAGAAAGGUUUCGAAGCAUUGGAACGUCUGUUAGACCAGAAGAAAUCGUCUGUUUGUGUAGCGUACUCGGAAAAGAUCAAGAGUUUGGCCGGUGAUGCUGAAUAUAGAAAUGUCCUGAAGAAGCUUUCAAGCCAGAAAUCUCGUCCUCAAGUGGUAGUUUGCUUUUGUGAAGGCCUAACCAUCAGAAACUUCUUCCAAGCGCAGAAAGAUUUGAUUCGAAAGGGAAAGAGCUUCAAAAGGUUUCAAUGGAUUGGUUCUGAUGGUUGGGCUGAUCGAAAUGAUGUGGUGGAAGGAUUGGAAGACGAAGCCGAAGGCAGCUUCAGCAUACGUAUUCAUGCUCCAAAGGUUCCUGGAUUUCGUGCUUACUACUCACAGCUUAAUCCCGAGAAUAACACCAUUAAUCCAUGGUUUCGAGAAUUUUGGCAGCAAAAAUUCGGUUGUCAAUUCGCCGUAUCAAAAGAGGAUAAGAAUAACGAGAAUAUCCGAAUUUGCACUGGCAACGAGGAUUUGGAUAAGGAGUACAAGGAGGAUCCAAAGCUGUCGCAGGUCAUCAAUUCUAUAAAAGUGGUCGCUUAUGGUUUGAAAGCUAUGUACCAAGAUCGUUGUCGUGAUAAUUCCACACUGUGCACGGAAAUGUUGUCAAGAAAUGGCACAUUGCUUUAUCACUACCUGCUAAACGUCACAUACGAAGAUCAGUUUAAACAAUCCAUCUACUUUGACAGUAAUGGAGAUCCUCCAGCAUGGUACGACAUACUAAACUAUGUGGGCCAACGAAAACCUGACGAUCCUUAUGCUGAAGUGGGCAGCUUCCAAUCGAACAACAUCAACGGUGUCGAAGAGCUGAAUAUGACCGAUACACACAAUAUUGUGUUCUAUGAUCGUUCAAAUGAGCUGCCAGAAAGUGUUUGUAGCAAACCGUGCGGGAUUGGACAGCGGCAGCGCGAAACCAUUGCGUGUUGUUGGAUUUGUGAGAAUUGUAUGGAUCAUCAAAUAGUGAACUAUACCACCAAUCAGUGCCAGAAUUGUAGCAUAGGAACCUGGCCAGACGAGCUACGGAAAUCUUGUCUACCAUUGCCGCAUGAAACCCUAUCGUGGUCGUCCUUUGGUUCGGUCUUAGCGCUGAUUCUCGCCACUGUUGGAAUAAUCACGACAACUCUUACUACUGUGAUCUUCAUGAAACAUAACAGCACCCCUGUAGUGAAAAGCACGACUAGAGAGCUUAGCUAUAUCAUACUCUCAGGGAUUAUGACGUGUUACGCUGUGACUUUCGCAAUUUUGGCCAAGCCAUCCUCAAUUUCUUGUUUUCUAGCCAGGAUUAUCCCGCCCAUUGCCUUUUCAAUUGUUUACUCUGCCCUGCUUACAAAAACUAAUCGUAUAGCCAGAAUCUUAGCUGGCAGCAAAAAGCGGAUUCUUACGAAGAAACCGCGUUUUCUGAGCACAUUCUCUCAGGUGGUCAUCACAUGGAUUCUUGUUGGAAUUCAAUGUGUAGUCGUUGCUGUCGGUGUGCUACGAGAAUGGCCAUCGGCCGGUUUUUCGCCGCAUUAUCUGCCACAACGCCUGGUACUAGUCUGUGCUACAUCGUCAAGUUCAUUUCUUACACCAUUUAUGUGGAAUCUCUUCUUAAUCUCAUUAUGUACUCUUUAUGCGGUAAAAACUCGAAAUCUACCUGAAAAUUUCAACGAGGCCAAAUUCAUAGGAUUUACAAUGUAUUGUACAUUAGUGGUUUGGAUUGCUUUCAUCGUGCUACAUAUGGGUACAACGAAUAAAGCGUUGACAAUGAGUUUUUCGUUCUCAUUGUCCGCUUCUAUACCUCUGAUAUUGUUAUUUUUUCCUAAAUUAUAUAUUAUACUUUUGCAUCCUGAGAAAAAUGUGCGGGCAUCGUAUACUACCACAAAAUUGAUACGAUGUCAUUUUGGCAACUCGCAAGGGGCGUACGAUAGCAAACAUCUGUCGAGCAAGACUACGAGAACAUCAGUGCAGUCAGCAUCAGUGAGGAGCUCAACGAAAUCCUCAAGUUUGGCUGGAGGUGCUGGUGGCGGAAUAACUCGUACAGCGUCCGUUCAUGUACCGGUGGCGGCAACUAAGAGCGGAAUCCAGGUGGACAGUUCUACGCAGACAGACAGUAGAUCUUUCUCGAUCGUGGGCAAGAAGAAGCCGGUAGAUGAGGAUGUAGCUCAAUUAGUGGAGGCUUGUCGCCGAUACCAGGAUGAAAAGCUCUGCGCGACGGCAGCUAACUUGCUAUUAGAGGAACAAGAAGACGAAGUUGGCGCACUGCUGGCGGAUUCCAUCGAGAACUCGGUACGAACCGUGUUAUCGACGGUGGCCGGCGGUGUGCGGCCAACACACGCAGCACUCCCACCAUCGAUGAGGACGGUUUCGAAGAGUUACUUCGCAGUCGAGGUGUACAACCGCUUCAGUUCAGUCAAGCUACGCCAUUGUGAUUGGAGUUGUUAUUGUAAGCUGACAUCGGCUCCGAAAGUUUGGCUCCUCCAACUCUCCAGAUGCCAUAUUCUUCGUCCAAGCAACCAAGUCCUAAUUUUCCUCCAACAUUCCUUCACAACAGAUUGGGAAAUUAGGAUUUCUCCAAUCAUACGCCGAGACGUAAUUGUGGCAAACGACGAUGGACGAAUUUUCAUCAAAUUCUUCCUACAAUGCGAGCAUAUCCAACAAGGAAGACGUUGAUGAAAUAUCGUUUUUUACCGCCCGCGAAGACUUUACUAUGAACAGAACAGCGUUACUGACGGCAAGUGACACAUUCCAAAGUGUGAAUUCGAACUUUUCAUAUCUAUCAGAGGACGAACAAAACUUGUCUUCUCAAGAUGUGACUCUUCUAGAAAAAUCUCCUCAAGAAACCAGCACAAGUCCGAAUCCUUUGGCUGCGCAUGCCUCGAAUGUGCUAGGGGAACGCAGUAUAAACAUACGUCAAGAAUGUCAGACUCCUUUGGAGCAAAAGAAUGUGGUUGCUGCAACGCCGAAGCGGAGCAAGCUCAAGACACCAAAAAGAUAUUUUCGGCCUUCAAAUCCCAAACUGAACAAUCGCAAUCCGAAGGGCCUCGAUUUGUCCAAAAGGUUGCAUUUAUUCCGCGGAGCUAUUCAGAAACCGGAAAAGUACCUUGGACUGUCCACCAAGAUACCAUUGCCGACAAUAUUCUUCAAAUCACUUAAGUCAGCUAGAUCAGCGUAAUUGAUGGUCAUUGCUGAAUGAACGUAUA